AUGCUCAAUUUAAAAAUUCAGGAGAUAUUACUUAGUUUGGUCUCUUUAGAUGCUAAAUCCAACGAUAUUUUCCUAAAACAAAGAGGACAAGAAAAAUGCCAAAAAAAGGAAAAAGUUCCUCUCCUCUUAAAUUUGAUUGGCUCCCGCUAA